UCAGUAAGGAUAAUUAAUGAACCAGAGAAGUACAGAAUUUUGAAGGAAUUGGCACACAAAAACUCACACCAGCAACAAGGCUUUUAAAUAAGUCAGCCAAAAUAGGAUCAGGGACCACCAAACAAGUCCCUUCUCUAGGACAGGGGAAGAAAUGUCCGGCCAGUAACCGCUCUACUAUGCUCAGAGCUGAAAAACGUGCAGUUUCACAAUACGUCUGAACAGCAUUAAGGGAGGGAACAAAUAGAAAGACAGAAUUUAAGUGAUGCUUCACCUUACAGGAGUAUUUUGUCUCACUGGCUUCUUUUGCUAAGGAAGCACCCUUUACAGCCAAGGUAUGGUGGACACUGGGGUCAGUACAAAGUCCUUUGGAGCAUGUUGCAGGUGAUAAUGCACUUUGGAUAGGCCUCCAGACAACCCCACCGCAGAGCUGCCAACAAGGAAGUGAGAAAACAGCCUGAGUGUCACCUGCACUGCACCACAUGGGGACAGCACUCAAGGGGCUGAGACAGGCUGAGAACUGUGGAGGAAGAUGAAAAUACAAGUGCGCAUCAUCAGUAAUAAAACCUGCGACUGUGUGGAAGGAGGGGGCCAUAAGAAGCUGCAAGAGCCAAGAGAGUGGCUGAUGGGGAGCAGAGGCAGAGAGAAGGGAAGCAUGAGGAUCCUGACCCAGCAGCAUCCAGAAUCAGACAGGGACCUCAGAGCCACACCAGGAGACACGACACCUCGCUGUUCACGUGCCGAGGCAGCGCCAGAAGGGUUCAUCACGCCUGUAUGCCGCACUGCAGCUGGUCUGGAGGAACAUUCACACUCUCCAAGGACAGUAAGUGAGCAGGAACUGUGCCUCUUAAUGUCCUCAAAAUGAACUUCAGCAGCUGCAGCAUCACAGCCUAUGAAAGCUUUCCACUUGUCCAGCUGUGUAUUUACAUCCCGGUUUUGCUUUUGGGCAUUUUGCUGAACACUUUGGCGCUGUGGGUGUUCUGCUGCAAACUCGGCAAAUGGACAGAAACCAGAGUAUACAUGGUCAACUUGGCCGUGGCUGACUGCUUGCUGCUCUUUACUUUGCCUUUUAAAACUUUAUCCCAUUUCCAUCAGCUGAAGGUAGGUAGAUGGUGCCUGGCUCUGGAGGGUGGCUAUUUCACAAACCGCUUAAUGAGCAUUGGGAUCAUCACUGUCGUAGCAGCUGAUAGGUAUCUUGCAAUCAAGUACCCUUUGAAAGCCAAGGUGCUGCGAUCACCACUGAAGGCAGCUUUUACCUCUGGAUUUCUUUGGGUAGUCAUCAUCUGUGUGAUAUCCCUCAUUAAAAAGUUAGAGGACCGAGAACAAGAUGAACUUUGCUUUGAAAAAUCUUCCGUUAAGCCCUCAGUGAUCACACUGUGUGGUAUUAUUGUUGGGUUUUUCAUACCACUGAUCAUUGUGAGUUAUUGCUCCAUACAAGUCAUUGCAGAACUCACGAGAAAGAAAAAUGAAAACUGCCACAAGGAAAAGUUAAUGAGGAAGGCUGUCUACAUCGUGUCUGCAAACAUGGCCGUGUUCAUCAUAUGCUUUUUGCCUCUUUACCUUGGACAUCUCCUUCGCUUCAUAAUGGACUCCACCAGCUCCGACUGCUCUGCAAUACAGAGCAUUAACAAUUUUGUUCACCUUGCCUCGGUCCUUGCAAACACAAACUGCUGCCUGGAUGCUAUUUGUUAUUACUUCGUCAACAAGGAAUUUAAGGAAGCAUCUCCCAAGCUAGCUAAGUCCAAAUCUGAAGAAGCUGAAAUUCAGCUCCCAUGCGUAACACAUUAGUGCAAAACACAUGCAGCACACGUUUUAGACUUGCUAUGUUCCAGUUCAACUAGGACUCAACAGCAGGCUUUCCUUUUACACUUUCUUGUUGUGUGAGUGGGACGGAGGGACUUUCUGCUGAUGGGAAUGGUUCAGACACAUGAAAAUCAGCUCUAAUUCAGACAACCACAGCGGUCCGGACCCUGAUGUAAUGAUGUAGGUUGCCACUGAUAAUUCUCUUCCUUAUGCAAAUUUGAGUAAAAUUAUGCUUUCCCCUGCAAAAAGUGUCUUUCAUCUUCCCAGAAAGCCCAAAACAACUACAGCUAGUGGAAAAGCGAGUUUUUGUCCCUCCUCCCCAUCUUGGAUCAGUUUUUAUGCAGCUGUCUCUGUGACAAAGAAACAGAGGUUAUUCCAAAUAUCAGAAAAGAAUAAGAAUUCAAAGUGAAACCACUGCAGAAAAAGAAAGGAGGAUGUUUUUAUAAGUCACAAACUUUUUUUUUUUUAAUUGGUAAUAAAGCACAAUCAUAGUAUCAGAGGCAGAUUCAGCCUGCUUUAGACAAGUUUACAGCACCGUUCCUACUACAUAGCAGCUACAAAGUGGUCGGCAGUUGCAACACAAGGUCAGAAGAGACUGUGAUUGCUUGUACUGUGGAGAAACUUUACAUCAAAAGCCUCUGAGUAAAACGGCAUUAAAGCUACUACCCAAAGUGAUGGGGUGUGGUGGUGGGAAUAAGGACUCUGUAUGAGGGGUCUAUUCAACUUCAUAACGUAAAGGAGUGUCUAAAGAAAGUGGCAGAGAGUUUUUCCCAAGCAUGCAAUAUAAAUAAAGUCAUGUUACUGGCACAGAGUGCAGUAUCUUAGUGAGUUAAAUGGAAAAUGUGGGGGAUUAGGUGGUGCUGUCUGACCCCAAAAGGGACAGCUCAUCUCUCCGGCUGUCUAAAACAUGGGCAGAUGAGCUGCAGCAAAG